UGGGGCGGUGCGCACGGCGGGCUGGCGCCGGGGAGCGGACUGGCCGCCACGGUGAGAACCCGCCAGCCCCGCCGUGAUGCCCGCGUGCCCCGGAUGCCUCCUCCCAACGCUGCCGCGUUUGCUGGCCCCGGCUGCGGUGCUGCUGCUGCUGCUGAGCCAUGGCGGCGGCGGGCGCUGGGGCGCCAGAGCCCAGGAGCCAGGCGCGGCGGCGGACGAGCCCCCCGCGGCCGCGGACGGGGAGGACCCUCACUCCAAGCACCUGUACACCGCGGACAUGUUCACGCACGGAAUCCAGAGUGUGGCGCACUUCGUCAUGUUCUUUGCGCCCUGGUGCGGGCAUUGCCAACGGCUGCAGCCCACUUGGAAUGAUCUGGGAGACAAGUACAACAGCAUGGAAGAUGCCAAAGUUUACGUGGCGAAGGUGGACUGCACAGCGGACUCAGACGUGUGCUCUGCUCAGGGGGUGCGAGGGUACCCCACCUUGAAGUUUUUCAAACCUGGCCAAGAAGCUGUGAAGUACCAAGGUCCCCGGGACUUCCAGGCACUGGAAAACUGGAUGCUGCAGAUGCUGAAUGAUGAGCCUGCUACACCAGAGCCAGAAGUAGAACCACCCAGAGCACCGGAGCUCAAGCAGGGGCUGUAUGAGCUCUCCGCGAGCAACUUUGAGCUGCACAUUGCACAAGGCGACCACUUUAUCAAGUUCUUCGCUCCGUGGUGUGGGCACUGCAAAGCUCUGGCUCCAACCUGGGAGCAGCUGGCUCUGGGCCUCGAACAUUCUGAAACUGUCAAGAUUGGCAAGGUUGACUGCACACAGCACUAUGAACUCUGUUCAGGAAACCAAGUUCGUGGCUACCCUACUCUUCUCUGGUUUCGAGACGGUAAGAAGCUUGACCAGUACAAGGGAAAGCGGGAUCUGGACUCCCUGAGAGAGUACGUGGAAUCACAGCUCCAGAGUGUGGCCAGUGGUACCCCAGAGACCGCGCAGCCCUCUGAGGCCCCGGCGCUGCCUGCAGAGCCUGAGGACAAGGGCACUGUGUUGGCACUCACAGAAAAAAACUUCGAUGACACUGUCGCAGAAGGAAUAACCUUCAUCAAGUUUUAUGCUCCAUGGUGUGGUCAUUGUAAGAAUCUGGCUCCUACUUGGGAGGAACUCUCUAAAAGGGAAUUCCCUGGUUUGGCAGAGGUCAAGAUUGCUGAAGUGGAUUGUACGGCGGAACGGAAUAUUUGCAGCAGGUUCUCGGUACGAGGCUAUCCCACAUUGUUGCUUUUCCGUGGAGGGAAAAAAGUCAGUGAGCACAGCGGAGGCAGAGACCUUGAAUCGUUGCACCACUUUGUUCUGCGCCAGGCAAAAGACGAACUAUAAAAACGCAGGUGGAAGUCACCUGUCCUGCCUGGCCUCCUGGACCCAGCGUGGAGGAGCCAUGUCAUGCGGGUGUCACGGAGUUUCAAGUGGUGGUUGUUUAGAAAGCUGAAUAUACUGAACUUGUGGUAUCUUCUUUGUGUGUGUGUUUUUAAGUCAACACACUCUACAGAUGCUUUAUUAAGUUUCUCUAAGUAAAUAAUGUAACUCAUGA